AUGCUUCCGACCACGAGCUCGGACGCCGCGGAGUCUCGGGGAUCGCACCGCCGAGCGUCGUACGCCGAGCGGUACCGGGUAUACGUCGCCGCGGCGGCGAAGAGCGCGCAGACGGGGCACUAUCUCCGACGCGCGUUUCGCUGGCGGCAAAUGGACGUUGAGUAUUCGUUAUGGCAGGCGGCGGCGAUGUGCGUGAACCCGAAGGCGGUGUACAGACACACGACGUAUCGGAAGCAGACGAAGAAUCACUGGGCGCGGGACGAUCCGACGUUCGUCGUGCUGUCGUGCGUAGCGGUCGGUUUGGCGGCGAUCGGGUGGUGCGCGGCGUACGGAGACGGCGGGACGAGCGGGAGUGCGAGGGUCGUCGCGCGGUGCGUGAUCGGGGAUUAUUUGGGUGUGGGGGCGGUGUUAGCGACGGUUUCGUGGCAUCUGGCGAACACGCAUCUUCGAACGAAGCUUCCGGGUGGGCACUCGCACGCGGUGGAGCAGCGGGUGGAGUGGCUGUACGCGUUCGACGUGCACUGCAACGCCUUUGUACCGACGUACGUCCUGCUCUACGUCGUUCAGCUCACGCUUAGUCCACUGCUUCGUGCCGAAGGGCGGCUCGCGAGUGCGCUGAGCUGCGCGUUGUACGCCGUGGCGUUGGUCUAUCACAACUACUGCGCCUUCAUUGGGUACAACGCGCUGCCGUUUCUGGAGAACACUGAGUUCUUCCUCUACCCAGCAGCCGCCGCUCUCAUCGCCGCUCCCAUCGCCGCCCUCAUCGCCUUCAAUCCCACUCGUUUCGUUCUCUCAAUCUACUUCGCUCACUCGUCGUGA